GGUCUUCUCAUGCUACCCAGUCAGUUCCUCUUUGUUUUCGACUUGCAAGAAAAUGCCGAUGCAAGUUAUGGGGAAAUAAUUUUACUUCCCUGCGCUAACCACAUCCGUGAGGUCUCCAAAUUAUUCUUUAGAACAAAAACCAAGCUGACAUGUGACAUUAACUCACCAGCUGUCAGAGAUCAUGGGAGCCAUUCUAUUUCUACUGAUUGUAGUGGUACUCAUGGACCAAGGAGCAAGAGUUACAAGAUGUGCGAACGGCUUUACUCAACCUUAUUCCAAUCAAGAGUUUCUGAAUUGUAUUGACAUAAAUGAGUGUGUUGAGAACCAACAUAUUUGUGGGGAACGGGAAAUCUGUGUCAAUCAGGUGGGCAGCUACCUGUGCAAGUGUCACACAGGAUUCAGUAACUACGGCAACAGACUAGCUCAGUGUGCAGAGCUUAAUUGUGACCCGUACGAAACACAGCCUGGACAGACUCUACCAGGCUUUGACAGUUUCUUGUCUCUGUUGAGAAACAACUGUUUGGUGUUGAACAACUCUACGUUGUCUGGACCUACAAGACCGCUGUCAACUGGAGAUAUGCUUUUGACAUUACUGGUUAAUACCACUGAUGUUCUUCAACUGGACCUCCAGUCCAAUGGUCACCGUAGUAGCAGUGAAGUGACUAAGUUACUGAGAACGAUUGAAAUCUCGAUCAGACUGAUCGCUCCACAGCUGACAGAGAACGUGACCAGGAUAGAGACCAACCAUACAACGGUUAAGAUUCUGGUGAGGAGAGACAAGAAUCUACCUAAAGGACCAGUCAGCCUGACCAAUGAGAACACUCAACUUGACACCACCUGGGAGACGGUGAUUGGAGAUGACCAGAAUUACCAAGGGUUUGCAUUUGUCGUUCUGCUCAGCUAUAAGAAUCUGGAUAGUCUGAAGGACAACACUUCUCAUCAGAGCCAGCAGCUCAUGUCCAGUGCUGCGACGGUGUCCGUUAGCAACUCCAACACAACAAACCUGCCCCAACUGAUUAAUCUCACCUUCAAUCACCUGCAGUCCAGUGAUGUUGACCCCACCUGUGUUUAUUGGUCGGAUGAGAAUGGACCGGGGGUGUGGUCUGGGCGGGGUUGCACCUCAGUGAUGUCAAACUCCACCCACACUGUGUGCUCCUGCAACCAUCUCAGCACAUUCGCUCUGCUGAAGGGAAUCCAUCAGGAAAAGCUGUCGUUGGUGAUGUUGGUGGGUGUUUUUGUGGCACUGACCUGUGUGAGCCUGUCCCUGAUCACAACCCUGUGGUGUCGCUUUGUCAGCCGCAAACGCCGUGGAGGAAACCGGCAGCAACAGGAUGUACAACUCAAUAGAAAAUAAGACAUGGAUUUGAACUAUUUGUUUUAUAAGAAAAGCUUUACUUGGAAUGAAUUUGUAACAUUGUCUCUUAGCUUGCAAUGACAUCCAAAUGCCAGAAUUGUUUUAUUUAAUUAGGUAUUAUAAAUGUAUCAAACAAACAAAAACAUAAGUACACAACUUUGUUAAUAGAUAUACAAUAUCUCAUGUAUAGAACUCUUAUCAGUUCUAGUCUGUAACAUAUGAGCUCUUAUCUAUAUGUCAAAAUACAUAAGUCAUUUUAGGCUCAUGAGUUUGGCCUAUAAGUGGUAGCAUGAAUUUUCCUAGAAUAGUGGUAUAUCCACCCAAUGCUGCAUUUGUCAAGUAUCAAGCCACUUUGUUGUUGUAACUAUUUUCUGAGAGCUAACCAAGUGAAUAAUAUUUGGCCCUGUCAUUCAAUCAUCUGCAAUAUUUUGCUCCAAUCUGAUUCAAAUAUCUAAAUACAUUCGGUCCCUUUCUUCAGCAAUAAAGCUACACCAUACUGAAAGUACAAUGUAUUUUA